AUGGACAGUCCAGAAGAAGAACAUAACGCUGCAGUGCCACCUGCCACGGUCGAAGUUGAUACUUAUGCCUUCGAAAACGAUUCUUCUUAUGGGGACGAGAUUUCAAACUUUACUGCUUCGAUUACCGCUUCAGCUGUUGAUUACCGAAAUGAGAAUGGCAGACGGUAUCAUGCAUUUCGCGAUGGCCGUUACCUCAUUCCAAAUGAUGAACCGGAAAAGCAACGGCUCGACACUUUGCAUAUGUUAUAUCGGACCCUGACGGGCGGUAGACUCUUUCUAUCUCCCCUUCCUCCGACGCCUCAUCGUGUGCUUGACCUUGGCACCGGUACAGGAUCAUGGGCCAUCGACUUUGCGGAUGAUUAUCCCUCCACGGAGGUCUGGGGCAAUGACCUCAGUCCGAUACAACCAGCUUGGAUCCCUCCGAACGUGAGAUUUGUCAUCGAUGAUUUUGAAGAUGAGUGGUUGUAUGGUCAUCGAAAGUUUGACUUCAUCCAUGCACGCUACUUGGCGGUAUCAUGCAAAGACUUUCCGAGGCUCAUACGGCGCUGUUAUGAAUUUACAACCCCCGGAGGUUAUGUUGAGUUCCAGGAUUGGGACGCCAAUAUGUACUCUCAAGACGGAUCAACCGAAGGGACGUCUAUCAAACAGUACUACGAUGUUAUCCGCCCAGCUUUCGCCAAGGCUGAGGUGGAAUGUUCUCCUGGUUCAAAACUAGAAGGCUGGUUUCGUGAUGCAGGGUUUGAAGAUAUCCACGUUCAGAAAUUCUUGGUUCCUAUGGGAGGAUGGCCAAAGGACGAGACUCUCAAAUCUGUGGGCUUCUUGAAUUUGAUGCAAAUCGCGACUGGUUUUGAGGCAACGGCACUGGCAGUACUGACGAGGCAUGAAGGAUGGUCCAAGGAAGCUGUGGCUGAUCUUGUGGCGAGAACCAGACAGGAUGCAUGGAAUCCUUCCAUUCAUGCAAUCUUCGACUUUUACAUCGUCUACGGGAGAAAGCCAGCAUGA